CUUCUUCGCCUCCUGCGGCGGUCUGUGUCUCGGAGCUGCUCGGGCUGCGUGCCGAGCCCCCCUGGCUCUGCCGCUGGGGAAGCUGUGCGAGGGACUGAUGGCCCGGAGCCUCGGCGCCCACGUCUGUAAAAUGGGAGCAAUAAUUGUCCCAACUUUCCGGGGUUACCAUGAGGGUUAAAGGAGCGACAGUCCAAACUGUGCCUGGCGGUGCGAGAUAUUCAAAGAGCACUGUAGGAAGAGCACAUUCCACAAAACAUAAAACUGGCCAGAAGCACAAGCCUCUCGAUGUGUUUGAUUUUUCCGAUGAUUCUGAUAUCUCCAGCAUUGGCAAACUGGGUGAAAAUGAGAAAGAUGAAGAACCUUAUGAAACCUUUGAUCCUCCCUUACACAGCACUGCCAUAUAUGCGGAUGAAGACGAACUCUCCAAGCACUGUGGGUCCUCCAUCCCUUCAACUCCUCAAGGAAAAGAAGCGAAAAGAAGUUUGAACACUCCUGAAAUUGAAGCAAGUGAAAACGAGUCUGUAAGAAUUAGUGCAAAAAAGUCAGGAAGAAAACUCAAGCCCAUUAGUGAUGAAUCUGAAAGCAGUGAAGAAAGUGACGUAAGAAGAAAAGUUGAACUAGCAGAGAAAACCAGUACAGAGCAACGUGAAGCUGCUCCAGCUACAGCAUCUUCAGAACUUUCAGAGAAACCAGUGGAAUCGGUCACUCCAAGGAAGAUAGGACCCCUUAGUGCCGAGUCCACUGUUGAAAAAGAGACCCUGGCAACAGAAAGUCAACGGAAAACUCAGAGAAAGGAGGUGUUUCAUGGCAAAAGGAAGAAAUCAAGAAGUGAAGCCGGAGACUCAGAUAUUUCCGAUUGUGGACACAUUUGGUAUCUAAAAGGAAAGAAAACCAGUGACAUCAUGGAGUUAGAUGUUGUUUUGUCUGCAUUUGAGAAGACCCUCCUAGAGUAUAAACAAAAAAUGGGACCUAAAAUUUGUAAGGAAACCAUCAACAAAUUUCAUUCUCAUAUGAAAGAAGAACUCAUCAAAGUGCUUAAAGAAGUCCAGAUGUUGAAGACUCUGAAAAGGAAGAACGCUAAGGUGAUUUCAGAUAUUGAAAAGAAAAGGCAGCGUUUGAUUGAAGUCCAGGAUGAACUGCUCCGGUUAGAACCACAGCUGAAACAACUACAAAUAAAAUAUGAUGAACUUAAGGAGAGAAAAUCUUCCCUGAGGAAUGCAGAAUAUUUCUUAUCUAAUUUAAAACAGCUUCAUCAAGAUUAUUCCAAUAUUCGACAGAAAGAACCGAAUGUAAAGGAAACGUAUGAUUCAUCCAGCCUUCCAGCCCUGUUAUUCAAAGCAAGAACCCUUUUGGGAGCUGAAAACCACCUGCAAAAUAUCAACCGUCAAUUAGAGAAGCUGCUUGACUAGGAAUGAGGCCAGUCUACGAAAAUGCACCUUCAUAAAGAUCGGCCUCAUGCUACUAUCUGUUGCCUUCUGAAACUAUACUUUUAUAAAUAUUCUUUUUGAAAAAUUAAAAGGGAAGAUAUAUGUUUUUACUUCAUUUUUCCACCAAGAAGAUUGGGAGGAAAACCCCAAACUUUAUUACUGUUAAUUUGAGUUGAGCAUUUUUUUUUUUAAUAUCUGAGAAUGUUGCCAUAACAAUAAAAAGUAAACUUGUCUAAU